UUCGUUAUGAUGAAGCGCAAGCAACCUCGAAUUUCAAGCGUUUGGGCAAGAUUACUAAUACCUUAACAACUUUUGAAACAUUGGCCCAACGAGCAAUAAUCGGGACCGUCAAUGCAACAAGGGAUGGAAAAUACAUGGUGUUUACAGCUUAUAUCACAACUACGCAAGACGCAUGCAUGUGUACCUGUGCAUAAUGUAGAUGCAUAGUUUUUUUUCUAAGAUAAAUCAUUUAACUUGGGGCGGUAUUUGGUCUACAGACCCCGGUGGGUUAUUGAAUUUUUAGUGGAUCGUCCAGGGCAGCUUUUCACCGUGGUCUCCCAAGUGAAACUUGAAUUAUAAAAGGCACACUAGUUCCUACUUCCAAUAGCCGUUCCUACUUCAUGGCUUCUAUAUCGGAAAACAACCCUUAGAAACAUACACCCAAAGCCAUGCUGUCGCAGUCAGAAACAGCCAACGCUUUGGUCCACACCAUUUCGGGACAAUUCAAUACUCAAAAUGAAAAUGAUAAAAUUGCUGAAUCUGAAGAUAACUCCACCGAAAGAAUACUUGGCCCGGCCAAAUCCCUCGGUGUCCGCAGAGCCGAGCUUUUGAUGAAGGAGUACGAUUCAAUCGCUUACAAAAUCAUCUUGUUUUUCUCCAUUUUCCUCGUUGCUUACGCCUACGGUUUGGAUGGCACCAUCAGGUACACUUUCCAAGCCUACGCCACCAGUUCUUACUCCGAGCACUCCUUGCUCUCUACCAUCAAUGUUAUCAGAUCCGUCAUCGCUGCUGCUGCCCAGCCAGCUUUUGCCAGGGCCUCUGAUGUGUUUGGUAGAUUAGAAUUGUUGGCUAUUUCCAUCUUGUUUUACGUCGUCGGGACCGUGAUUGAAUCGCAGGCUUACGAUAUACAGAGGUUUUGUGGCGGUGCCAUCAUGUACCAGAUCGGCUAUACUGGGGUCAUGUUGAUUUUGCAAGUUUUGUUGGCCGAUUGUUCCAACUUGAACUGGAGAUUGGCCGCUUCUUUCAUCCCUGCCUUGCCAUUCAUCAUCAACACUUGGAUCUCUGGUGAUGUUACAGCAGCCGUUGGUCUCAACUGGUCCUGGGGUAUCGGUAUGUGGGCUUUCAUCUUUCCCUUGCUGUGUAUUCCCUUACUUGUCUGUAUGCUCCACAUGAGAUGGAAGGCCGGUAAGACCGAAGAGUGGAGGCAGAUGAAGACCGAGGCGACCUUGUAUCAAGAGUUAGGGUUCUGGAAGUUCUCGAUCGAGAUCUUCCACCGUUUGGAUGUUAUUGGUUUGCUCUUCAUUGUAGUCAUCUUGGGUCUCAUAUUGGUUCCAUUCACUCUUGCUGGAGGUGUCUCUACUACUUGGCAACAGGCUAAGAUUAUCGCGCCGCUUGUUAUCGGGAUCAUUUGUAUUCCGUUCUUUGUUGUUUGGGAGCACAGACUUGCCAAGCACCCGUUGGCGCCAAUGCAUUUGUUGAAGGACCGUGGUGUCUGGGCUGCUUUGAUCAUUGCCAUCUUCAUCAACUUUAUCUGGUAUAUGCAAGGUGAUUUCAUGUACACCAUCUUGAUCGUCGCGGUAAAUGAGUCCAUCAAGUCUGCUACCCGUAUGACCUCCUUGUACUCCUUUGUCUCCGUUAUUACUGGUACCAUCUUGGGGUUUGUUGUUGCCUACUUCAAGCGUGUCAAGCACUUCAUCGUUUUUGGUGUGUCCAUGUGGUUUGUAGCUAUGGGGAUCUUGCUCCACUUUAGAGGCGACUCCAGUUCUCAUAGUGGUAUCAUCGGUGGUUUGUGUCUCCUCGGUUUCGGUGCCGGUUUCUUCACUUACUCCACCCAGGUUUCUAUCCAGUCUUGUACCGACCACGAACACAUGGCCGUGGUAAUUGCCCUUUACUUGACUUCUUAUAACUUCGGGUCCGCUUUUGGUAACUCUGUUUCCGGUGCGAUUUGGACCCAGAAGUUGUAUCCUGAGAUGGUCAAGAAACUUGGUGAUGCCAAAUUGGCCACUUACGCGUACUCCUCACCGUACGAUUUUAUUGUCGACUACGCUUGGGACACCACCGAGAGAAUGGCAGUCGUGGCCGCCUAUAGAUAUGUCCAAAGACUUUUGAUUACCGUUGGUUUGUGUUUGUGUGUUCCAUUGUUGGCAGCCGCUUUGUUGUUGAGAGACUACAAGUUAGAGAGUGUCCAAUCCUUGAAGCAUGAUGAGGAAGAAACCAUCGAAGAAAAGGGGUUCGUGUCCAAGUUCCUUAAGUAA